AUGGAGUUCCUUGUGACUUUACGAAAUUUUAUAAGAAGACCAGCUCAAGACACUUUACCUAGGAUUCCAAUAGAUUCUUCUACAUCGACUGAAAUCCCUUCCAUUGCUGGAGCUUUCGCAACACAACACUCUAGAUCAGAAAAUUCAGAAUUUGCUUAUACAUAUAAUCGAAAAGUUGUAAAAAUUCUGGAUAAGAUUGACUUUGAAGUAUUUUCGAUUUUUGACAUAAGAAAAUACAAUCGUGAAAUUAAAACGAGAAAUGAUUACCUCAUCAAAGAGAUCGUAAAGGUUACAGAUUGUUAUAUAGAUAAUGCCUGUCUAUUAUUAUGUACUCGAGAUACAAAUAACGAUUAUAGAUUUAUUUUGUAUGAUAUAUACGAAAAUAAAUCUUAUACUCUACCAGUAAAUCUUAAGAAAAUUGGACAUACAGUAAUUUACGAUGUUAUGCUUUCAGAACAAAUAGUUCAUACAGUAAAGGCAGGAUUCGAGUUACCUAAUUCAUUUUUUUUGGUUCUUGGAACAUCGAUUGGAAUUUCUUUAUAUAGAUUAUUAGCACCUACACCUCAAGCACCAUAUUUUAAAUUAGUUGAUGAAUGUUAUCAACAUUUAGCAACUAAAGAACCGGUUUCUUCAGUUUGUUUAUAUAAAUCAAAUAAUGUUGUCGAAGAAACUCAAUAUUUGAUUGCUGGUGGUGUUCGAGGUCUUGUUGAAUUUUUUAGUUAUGAUUUUGAUCGAAAACUUCAAUUUAUUCAAAGUUUAGAAGUACCAGAAUCUAUGGCACCCGUAACACAUAUCGUUGCACGUCCUCAAAGGGAUAGUGAUAAAGGACUUUUUUUUAUUGGUCAUGGUCGAUUAUUAGAUCAUAAUGAUUUUUUAAUUAGAAAUGAUUAUAAACCAUUAAUUAGAUUCAUUCGUAUUUCUUAUACACAUGAUAAUUUAUUAUGUCAAGAAUUUAAACAAAGAUAUGAAGGUCGACCUGGAUCUAAUGUUAGUAAUGGUAGAAUAAUUUCAAUGUCAGCUUCCGUUGAUGAAAUGAAUCAUAUUUUAUGUAUUGGAUUGGAAUCAACUUAUUUAGAAAGGGAUGCUAAUGAUGGUCCAGAAUUAGCAUUAUUUAAAAUAGAAGAUGCUGAAAGAGUUGAUACAAUUUGUUGGAAAAAUAUAGUUUCACUUUGUGGUCAUUCAUCAAUAUAUGAUAUUGAUGCACCGAAAUUACUUACCAAGGUAGAUAUUUUACUUCCCGAUAAAAUUGUAUCAUUUGAUUUAUCAGGUCAACAACAAGAAGGAGAAGAAUUUUAUGAUCCAUUACCAGAGUUUGAAGAAUUCUUUACUGAAUCUGAUUUCAAAAAAUAUAAUAUUUAUGGUAAUCAAAUUAUUGGAUCAAUUCAACAACGACGUAGUCAAAUGAAUAAUGAAUUAAUAUUUGAUUUAUUACUUCAAUUUGCAAAAGUUGAUCCAUCACUUUAUCCUCCAAUUAAUAUGGCAGGUUUAAGAUUAUUAUUUAAUCAAAUAUUUAAUAGUGCGGUUGAUAGAUUAAGGCAACAUUGUUUGGUUUAUUAUCUUUUAAAGGAUUGGCAAGGGGCUGCAAAUUAUAGGCAUCAGAGAUAUGCCGCAAGAUUUCUUAUACCUCCAAAUUUUUUAUGUUUAAUGGAUGGUUAUUGGGCAUUAGAUCAUUGGUUAUUUGCUGAAGCAAUUCGAUUUUUAACUGAACCAUCGGUUUCCGUUGAUUGGGAUCAUAAAGUUAUGCAAGUUUUAGUGGAUCACUCAAGUCCUCGUGAUGCUUUAACUUAUGCGAAUCUUACUCAAGUUGAUAAGAUUUUAUCUGAUAACCCUAAAAAAACAGAAAAUCUUGUUAUUCAUAUGGAAAUUCUAAUGCGAUGUGAUAUACUCGAAGCCUUUGACUUUCAACGGAAAUGUCGUCCUCAACCUAUUGAAGGUCAACCAUUAGAAUUACUAUUACUUAGAAAUUUAUUAGAUUAUUGCUUUUAUCCAAAUCCAAAUGCCGAAAGAUUAACUUCACUUCUUAAUAUAAAUAUGGAUAAAUAUGAAGAAGAAUUUACUAAAAAAUAUUGUGAAAGUCAUGAUUUAGUGGAAUGCAAGAUCUUUUGGAUUUAUUAUACUUUACAUCAUGGUGAUAUUGUGGAAUCCAUAAAGUUAAAUGAGAUAUUAAAACGACAAGGUGGAGGUACCGAAAGUAAAAUAGCAAAUUCACAUCUUCGUAAUAAAUAUUUUGCUGGUUUAAUGGAAAAAUUGUCACCCUCACAACAAAAAGAAAUUUCUAUGGAAGUAGAUGAAAUUACAAGUAAAGAUACAGUUGUGAUGGUUGAAGAAAUGAUUGACGUUAAUAUUAAUGAAGAAGUUACAGUAUUGGAUGAAGAAAUGACAAAUAGAUCUUUAGAACCCAUCAAUGAAAAAAUGACCACUCAUCAAACAUCACCAAAUAAAGAACUUCCAUCCUUACCAAAUCAUUCACCAUUUUCAACGCCACAAAAUGAACGUACACCCAAAACCCCUGAACCACCUCGAAGUAAACGUAAAGGACGAUCUACGAAUACGGAUUCACCGAAAACUCCCCGUUCAUUUACAACACCUGAUAGAAGAAUUACUCGAAGUAUGUCUAGAACCAUGACGACGACUUCAAAUAUGAAAUAA